AUGACUAGUUCAUCUAACUCAGAAUCUGAGGAUUCUUGUUCCUCAGAAUACUCGACAGAUUCGUCAGAAGAUGAUGGAAUGGAAACUCUAUAUGCUUGUGGUACAAAAUUGCAAUUGCCUCAAGGCUUGUGUGAAAGGCAAGACAUUUUCAAUGAGUUUUUCACUGUAGACUUAUGGAACUCAUUUAGUGAUGAAGACAAGGAACAUUUGCAAAGUUUUCUACCAAACUUUCCAGGUGACGAAUACGAAGAAAAAACCAAAACCCUACAAAGACUUUUUGAUUUCGAAAACUUCCGCUUCUCAAACCCCCUAGUUAAAUUCUUUGAACAUCUCAAAGCAGGCUAUUUAAGACCAGAAAUUGCUCAACUCCGCAAACAACUAAACAAAAAAGAAAUCAAAGAAGCCAAAUACAGGCACAAAAUCUACAGAAAUCAACUCAAAGAAGAUAUAUUAGAAUCUCAAAGCAAACUAUUGAAUAAAACACACAAACACCCUAAACCACCUACAGACAAUAUGUAUCUAUACGACAGAACGAAAAAGUGCUACUUUCAAACCUUAGGCGCAAUCAAAGCAAAAGUAGACGAGCAAAACUUAUCCCCUGACGAAAACCACCCUGAAGGUCCUUGCCAACGGCUCAGCCGCAAACAAAAAAGGCACCUAAAUAGCAUUAGAAAUGGUCUGAGCAAGAAAAAACUAUUCAGCUCCACUAUGGAUACAAAACUCAAUGGCAACUUGAUAGAUUUGGAAAAGUACAUCACUUCAUAUCAGAACCCAUUUUAUAUCAAUGAUGAAAGCUAUAGGAAUUUGUUGAGUUCGCAUAGGAAAAGGAAGUUGGAAAAUGCAAGUGAUCCAGAACUUGAUGUGGAUGUAGAUAAUUACAACAUGAGGAAUAUUGAAAAUCAACCUACAAUAACUGAAUUAAUUGAAAAUACUGUAUCUCAUAUUUCAAAGUUUUCCUGGAAAACUAGUAAAGGGAUAAUUUUGAAACUUUUUGCAUGUAAAGACGAAGUAGAUAAUUACAACAUGAGGAAUAUUGAAAAUCAACCUACAAUAACUGAAUUAAUUGAAAAUACUGUAUCUCAUAUUUCAAAGUUUUCCUGGAAAACUAGUAAAGGGAUAAUUUUGAAACUUUUUGCAUGUAAAGACGAAGUAGAUAAUUACAACAUGAGGAAUAUUGAAAAUCAACCUACAAUAACUGAAUUAAUUGAAAAUACUGUAUCUCAUAUUUCAAAGUUUUCCUGGAAAACUAGUAAAGGGAUAAUUUUGAAACUUUUUGCAUGUAAAGACGAAGGUGAAAAGCUCAUUUUCCCAAAAUUUCAAAUUUUUCCAGUGGAAAAUUACACUUUAAGCAAUAUUGGAAAUCAACCUACAAUAACUGAAUUAAUUGAAAAUACAGUAUCACGUAUUUCAAAGUUUUCCUAG